UGCGAUCGCUUCCAGGCGCGAAUUUUGAAGGUGGACGGUCGGGGCCGGGCCGGAGCACCUCACGGCGGUUGCGAGAACGGCUCCCUGAAGUGCCCGUCUGCUGCGCCACGGAUCAAGCGUGCGACGACCAACUCCCUAACGGCGAAGCUCGUCACCAGGAACUUCUGGGUUGAAUUGGAACUGUGUGAGGAUCGAGAGUAUGAAUUUCGCAGCAUCAUUUUGUAGGAGAGUUAAUAUCAAGGAGCUUACUACCAGCAUCCCUGUUUAUAACAGUGCCAGUGAUGCAUCUGGCAGAGGAUUGAGUUUGCUCUUCAGGCGUUGGGCCACUAAGAAGUCGGCUGGAUCAACAAAGAACGGAAGAGACUCAAAACCGAAGAAUCUUGGAGUGAAGAAGUUUGGUGGAGAGAGAGUCAUACCCGGAAACAUAAUUGUUCGACAGCGGGGCACUCGAUUUCACCCUGGUAACUACGUUGGAAUAGGGAAAGAUCACACCCUCUUUGCAAUGAAAGAGGGGUCGGUGCAGUUUGAGAAGCACAAGCUCAGCGGACGUAAGUGGGUGCACGUUGUUCCAAAGGAUGGCCACAUGCUUCACCCCGUGUAUGGAGAGGCUGCAGCUGCACCUGAGCUGAAGACAGCUACUUGAACGACCCACUUUUGCUAUUUCAUGGAUGAAUUCUCAGCGUAACUCCACAUUUCACCUCUUUCCAGGUCCUCAGUCUCGUGGCCAACUCAAAUGUUAUAACAAUCGUCUUCUACUACUAGCGAGAA